AGCCCGGAGGAGGAGCCAAAAUGGCGCCAGUUGCCUGGGCCCAGCAGUAAAACAGCAGUGAAUUAAGUCAGCUGAUCUCAGUCUGCUGUCACGCACCGCAGCAACCAACGUUUCUCUCUCUCGAGGCAAGACAGUAAACCACCACUCCACACCAAGACGUUGGAUUUAUAAACCGUGAAGAUGGACAUGUCCAACCUGCCCAGGAUCAGGGACGAGGAGAGGGAGAGCGAGUUUGGAUUCGUCCAUGGAGUCUCCGGACCAGUGGUGACGGCGACAGCCAUGGCGGGAGCAGCCAUGUACGAGCUGGUGCGAGUCGGCCACAGUGAGCUGGUGGGAGAGAUCAUCCGGCUGGAGGGAGACAUGGCCACCAUCCAGGUCUACGAGGAGACAUCCGGCGUGUCUGUGGGAGACCCGGUGCUGCGGACGGGGAAGCCUCUCUCCGUGGAGCUGGGUCCAGGGAUCAUGGGCUCCAUCUUUGACGGUAUCCAGCGACCCCUGAAGGACAUCAACGACAUGACACAGAGCAUCUACAUCCCCCGAGGAGUCAACAUCGGAGCCCUGAACCGAGACCUCAAGUGGGAGUUUAAUCCCAUCAAGAGCCUGCGGGUUGGCAGCCACAUCACAGGAGGAGACAUCUACGGCAUAGUGUGCGAGAACUCCCUCAUCAAGCACAAGAUCAUGCUGCCUCCCAGGAACAGAGGCACGGUGACCUACGUGGCUCCGCCUGGAAACUACGACGUCAACGACGUGGUGAUGGAGCUGGAGUUCGAGGGGCUGAAGGAGAAGUUCACCAUGAUCCAGGUGUGGCCCGUCAGACAGGUCCGACCCGUCACAGAGAAGCUGCCGGCCAAUCACCCGCUGCUGACCGGACAGAGAGUGCUGGAUGCCCUUUUCCCGUGUGUGCAGGGAGGAACCACAGCCAUCCCAGGAGCGUUCGGCUGUGGAAAGACUGUCAUCUCUCAGUCGCUGUCCAAGUACUCCAACAGCGACGUCAUCGUCUACGUCGGCUGCGGGGAGCGCGGUAACGAGAUGUCAGAAGUACUGCGAGACUUCCCAGAGCUGACCAUGGAGGUGGACGGGAAGACUGAGAGCAUCAUGAAGAGAACAGCGCUGGUGGCCAACACCUCCAACAUGCCUGUGGCCGCCCGAGAAGCCUCCAUCUACACAGGAAUCACGCUGUCUGAGUACUUCAGAGAUAUGGGAUACCAUGUGAGCAUGAUGGCCGACUCUACCUCCCGUUGGGCCGAGGCUCUCAGGGAGAUUUCUGGACGUCUGGCUGAGAUGCCGGCUGACAGCGGGUAUCCUGCCUACCUGGGCGCCCGCCUCGCCUCCUUCUACGAGCGCGCCGGCAGGGUGAAGUGUCUGGGAAACCCUGAGAGGGAGGGCAGCGUGAGCAUCGUGGGAGCUGUGUCGCCUCCUGGUGGAGACUUCUCUGACCCCGUCACUUCCGCCACCCUGGGUAUUGUACAGGUGUUCUGGGGUCUGGAUAAGAAGCUGGCUCAGAGGAAGCACUUCCCCUCCGUCAACUGGCUGAUCAGCUACAGCAAAUACACCCGCGCUCUCGAUGAGUAUUACGACAAACACUUCCCAGAGUUUGUGCCUCUGCGCACCAAAACCAAGGAGAUCCUGCAGGAGGAGGAGGACCUGGCGGAGAUCGUGCAGCUCGUCGGAAAGGCAUCACUGGCAGAAUCGGAUAAAAUCACCCUUGAAGUUGCCAAACUGAUCAAAGACGACUUCCUGCAGCAGAACGGUUACACUCCGUACGACAGGUUCUGUCCCUUCUAUAAGACGGUGGGCAUCCUGUCCAACAUGAUCUCUUUCUACGACAUGGCGCGGCACGCAGUGGAGACCACGGCUCAGAGCGACCACAGGGUCACCUGGGCCAUGAUCAAAGAGCACAUGGGAGAGAUCCUCUACCGGCUCAGCGCCAUGAAGUUCAAGGACCCGGUGAAGGAGGGCGAGGCCAAGAUCAAGGGCGAAUAUGCUCAGCUUUUGGAGGACAUGCAGAACAGUUUCCGCACAUUGGAGGAAUAAUCCGCCGCCUCUCACAACCCUCUCAUCUCUCCGCUGCAGAAUCACAUUCCUCCUCCCUGUAUCCCCGGUGCCCCCUUUGUGACAGAGUGUGUGCAAAUUCAUGUGGAGGGACAAGAGAAAGAUGUACUGUAUUCAUUAUUAUGUUCUGCCUCAUACAUGUAGGCAAACUCUGGAUCCUCUGCAUGGUUGUGUUUGUGUGUGUGUGUGUUUACGAAAGAGGGAUCUCUUCCACCCCGUUUCUUCCUUUCUCUGUUUACAUGACUUCUUUGUGUAUCCGUGUUGCUCUGCCUUGAGACGAUUAUUCGGUUGAUGUAUUGUAACUCAUGGACCAUCUGUACAGAAGAGUAUUGAAUAUAAGAUCAGCCUAUUUAUUGCCAGCGUUCCACGUGAAGGCUUUGUCUGCCUUUUUCUUUUUACGUUUGUGUUUCACGCUGUGCAGUGUCGUGUACUUUGCUGUGUGAAUGUGUACGAGUCCAAACUCUGCUGUCUGAUUAUUUCAUCAUGUUUCUCCCAAAUAAUUAAAACAUGAGGAUAAAGAAG